UUAAUGAUUUUAUUUCCCACAGAGAGAUAGUGGUACAGUUCAAUGCUGAUGUUGCAGAUGGAAUGCCAUGGAAAUUUGUUCCUACGCAAAGAGAGGUGAGAGUCAAGCCAGGGGAAAGUGCCCUUGCAUUUUAUACUGCUGAAAAUAGAAGUUCAGCUCCCAUAACUGGAGUCUCCACAUAUAAUGUCACUCCAAUGAAGGCAGCGGUUUACUUCAACAAAAUACAAUGUUUUUGCUUUGAGGAGCAGCGUCUUCUUCCAGGGGAGCAGAUUGACAUGCCGGUUUUCUUUUAUAUCGACCCUGAGAUUGAAACAGAUCCUCGAAUGGAUGGCAUCAAUAACAUAAUAUUGUCAUAUACAUUCUUCAAGGUCUCGGAGGAAUAGAAUCAAAGAGUUUAGAUGAAAGUAGAUUUUACUACGCAUAAUGGUUGAAGCAAAUAAAAGAAGGGUCAGAUGGCCUGAAAAAAUUUUGUUCUAAGAGGUAGAGAUCAUAAUUAGUGUAGUGAUUCUUUUGGGGAAUUAAACUUUUCUUUUACUUGCCUCGUUCCCCCACCAGCCCAUCUUUUCCCUUUGUUAUAAUUGAUGAGAGUUCAUAUAUAUAUAUAUAUAUAUAUAUAUGUAUGUAUCUGAUAACGUGGAUGUGAACAAAGGAGAUCUCCUGUUAUGUUUUUUCUGUUGUUUAUACUGACAAUAAGUUGAAGCCCUUCUAUAAGCUUCGGCAUAAGGUAGAUGGAUUAGGGCCCAUAACAUUUUUAUUUAGGCCGAAUUGCAAAUUAGGUCUCUAAUAGUUAUUUUUUCUAAUUUUAGUCCCUGAC